ACAUUUUUUCGCAUCUUUUUUUCAUACUAGGUUUAUAAGAAGGAUUAGACCUAUGCAGGACGAAUCGGCAAGGACGUUCUGGUCAUUAUCGUAGAUAAUGGUACCAAACAGAGCUAGGCUAAGCGUGAUGACGAGCUCUUCACCAAAGUAGUCGACUUUUUUAUCGUCCUGUACAAUGCGCAGCGGGCAGAGCUUGGAAUCUAAUGGACAGUCGCUAACAGGAAUAUUAUUUAUCCAUUCAACAUUUUCAACACCUCUGACUCGCAGAUGCAUGUCUUUUAUGCCGCUGACAAAAUAGGCAUGCUCAUCGAUGUGUGCGCCUUCGGCUUUUACUUUGACACCAGCGCCUUUGAGGGCUUGUGCAUGAACGUGCUUUGCCAGUUCCUAGCGUCGACACAGAGAGUGUAUCACUUGAAUUACCCCAAGCAAUCGCCGAUGGAUCUGCGCGCUCUUUGCUAUUGCCACAACAAGCGCAUCGAAAUUGGACGCGCCUGUAGCAAUUGCCUAUCGGCAAGUACUCGCCUAUUUGCGGUAACUGCGAGGGAUUUCUAUGAGUAUUUCUAUUUUAUACUAUUUCUACCUAACUAAGCAUCACUUUGCCUUUAUGUCGUGGAUGCGAACCGUCUUUCAACCGAAUCGUUUCAAUUUCAAAUAUCCAAUUUCUUCUUUAUCUAAACCAUCGAAUGCUUGAACCAAAUACUAGGCUUACGAGCCUUGAGGUGAGGAUCUGGUUUCAUCCGUAUACCGAAACAGCGAACUUUUGUUUUAGGUUCUGAGACUGAUGCCUUUAAAAUGAGCACAUUGUACUUAACACCUUUGAAAUAAUAUAAUGGCAUGUGUCUGCAA